UAUAUAUAUUUUCUCCCUCCAAGGCAAACUUUUCUUCCAUUUCAGUUAAACCUAAAAAAUCAACUGUGAAAAAAGCAGUCAACCAAAUCGAUGGUCCGUCAAGCCAGGAGACUGAUCGGCAACCUCUCAUGGCGGCUGUUGUGCCCUAAGCAGCAGCAGCUCCACCAACACCGCAAUUUCGGAUCUCUGCCGCCUCCGCCUGCUGUCUUCGUUGAUAAGAAUACCCGCGUCAUUUGCCAAGGCAUCACCGGAAAGAAUGGCACUUUCCACACCACUUUCCACACCGAACAGGCCAUCGAGUACGGAACCAAGAUGGUUGGAGGUGUUACCCCUGGAAAAGGUGGAACGGAGCACUUGGGACUCCCUGUCUUCAAUUCUGUUGCAGAAGCAAAAGCUGAAGCAAAGGCUAACGCAUCAGUGAUUUAUGUUCCGCCACCUUUUGCAGCUAAAGCCAUUAUGGAAUCAUUGGAGGCCGAACUAGAUUUGAUUGUUUGCAUCACGGAGGGAAUACCACAGCAUGACAUGGUUCGUGUGAAAGCUGCUCUUAAUCAGCAGUCCAAAACCCGGCUAAUCGGCCCAAAUUGUCCUGGCAUUAUCAAGCCAGGAGAGUGUAAAAUUGGAAUUAUGCCUGGAUACAUUCACAAACCAGGACGUAUUGGAAUUGUAUCACGAUCUGGUACAUUGACUUAUGAAGCGGUUUUCCAAACAACUGCUGUUGGCCUUGGGCAGUCUACAUGUGUGGGAAUUGGUGGGGAUCCUUUCAAUGGAACAAAUUUUGUCGAUUGCUUAAGGAAGUUUCUUGUGGAUCCACAGACAGAAGGUAUCGUUCUGAUUGGUGAGAUAGGUGGCACAGCAGAAGAGGAUGCUGCAGCCCUUAUAAAGGAAAGUGGAACUGAGAAGCCAAUUGUAGCUUUUAUUGCUGGACUCACCGCUCCACCUGGCCGAAGAAUGGGCCACGCAGGAGCUAUCGUAUCAGGAGGGAAGGGUACUGCACAAGACAAAAUCAAGACCCUGAGAGAAGCUGGCGUUACUGUGGUUGAGUCGCCUGCCAAAAUAGGCACUGCAAUGCUUGAAGUCUUCAAACAGAGGGGUCUUGUUUGAGCCACUCAAAUUAUAUUUGAUCGUCUUUUUUUUAAAUUGUUGUUCCCUUUUUUCCCGGGACAAGAAUUAGCUGUUUCCUUUUGUUACAGCUUUUAUAAUAACAAAAAGCAUUAUAUUUCUGGAGCUGUUUGUAUAUCAAAGCUGCCGGAAGAAUAUAUUGUCGUAAACCCGAGGGUUCGCACAUACCUUGUUUACUUGAUAGAAGGAUAUUGUGAAGAUAAUCGUUUCCAGUUUCCACUACCUUUGUAUCUUUAUAAAUGGAAGCUUUAGAU